UCUCCCUAAUUUGUUGUUUAAAAGUGUGAAAGAAAAAUGCAGUUUUUCUUAACUCUUGAAUCCCUGCACCCCACUGGGACAGUCAGGGAAGGCAGGCAGUUUUAUGUGCGUUUGUCAGAUCACUAUCUUAUAUAAUCACGUGUUAACAGAGAAAGAAAAGAAGGAGAGGGCGAGAGAGAGAGAGAGAGAGAGAGAUGAUCGGGAGGGAGGUUGGGAGGAAGCACAGAGAGGACGGUCCGAAACUGAUAGCCUCGAAUUGAUCUGAAAACCGACCAAUCGGGCGCCUUCCUCGCCCUAAGCCGCCGCAGUAGCCCGGCAGGAUUGGAUGAUGUUUCGACUGAGAGAUGCGCACACGAGCACCGGCUCGACUCGCUCGUCCCGUUGCCCGCACACAUACACAUACGUAUACACAGGAAGAAAGAGAGGGUAUCGGCUCUCCGCAAGGCGUGCAGUCAAGCUCUGCCCUGGAGAGGAUGACAGCGGUAAGGGGAGGAAUUUGAGAGAGACGCGGAGGAAAUGAGAAAUGAGGAACAAACUCGUUCAUCUUUUUCGCCGUUAAUAAGCUGCCAUGCGUGUCCAGGAGAGUGCGCGAGGAAAGGAAAUCCAGAAUGGCUUUUGGGAUUAACCUCUGCUCUUGGUAGAACUACCCAGAAGUUCACUUCCGUUUGCACAGCAUUUCACUCCCUGGGAAAUUCCAUAAUGACUACUGCACGGACCUGUAGCGGUGGCUAGAGGUGGCGGCCGCAGCGACGGUGGUGGGAGGAACUUACCAUCUUGGAACACGGGGAGAACUUUAUAAAAGCUCGCACCACCAUGAGGAUAUCGACCCCCUCCUGUCUUUGUCCCGUUCUGGUCUGCCUCUGCUUCAUCCAGAGGUGCUACGGGGCAAGUCACCACAUCCCUGCCAAGGUCCCCUCCAAGAACCAGACCAAACUGGCCAAUGGGGAGACGGAGGUGCACCACAGGCCUAAGCGUGGCUGGAUCUGGAACCAGUUCUUCGUUUUAGAAGAACACAUGGGACCAGAUGCACAGUAUGUAGGAAAGCUUCACUCAAACUCAGAUAAAGGUGAUGGAUCCGUCAGGUACAUACUGGACGGGGAAGGAGCUGGGACUAUAUUUAUCAUCGAUGAAGUGACAGGAGAUAUUCAUGCCACUAAGAGCUUGGACCGGGAAAAGAAAACACAUUAUGUCCUGCAUGCACAAGCCUUGGACCGCAACACAGAGGAAGCCCUGGAACCAAAGUCGGAAUUCAUCAUCAAAGUACAAGACAUCAAUGACAAUGCACCCAAAUUUCCAGAUGGACCCUUUGUAGCUACGGUGCCUGAGAUGUCUGAAGUGGGCACCUCUGUGUUGCAAGUCACAGCAACUGAUGCUGACGAUCCCACGUAUGGAAACAGUGCCAGAAUAGUCUACAGUAUUCUGCAAGGACAGCCAUAUUUCUCUGUUGACCCCAAAACAGGAAUCAUCAGGACUGCCUUAGCUAACAUGGAUCGGGAAGCCAGAGAACACUACACCGUUGUUAUCCAAGCCAAAGACAUGGCAGGCCAGGUUGGAGGUCUGUCUGGCUCCACCACCAUCAAUAUCACGCUGACAGACAUCAACGAUAAUCCGCCCAAGUUUCCCCAAAAAAAUUACCAGCUCUACGUCCCUGAAUCAGCCCAAGUAGGGAAACCGGUGGGGAAGAUCAAAGCCAAUGAUGAGGACCUUGGCAUCAAUGCAGAUAUCAAGUAUAGCAUCAUUAACUCAGAGGGAGCCAACAUGUUCUCCAUAUCCACGGACAGGGACACAAGAGAGGGAAUCCUCAGCCUUAAAAAGCCUCUGAACUACGAGAGGAAGAAGGCCUACACCCUCCACAUUGAGGGAAUGAACACGCAUGUGGAUCCUCGUUUUUCCUAUCUUGGUUCUUUCAAAGACACCGCCACCCUUAAAAUCACCGUCGGGGAUGUAGACGAAGCCCCUUUCUUUUCUAUAGAUCAUUAUAUCAUGGAUGUAUAUGAGAAUGCACCAAGCGGCACAGAGGUGGGCACUGUAACGGCUCGAGAUCCUGACAGCAGGAAUAGUCCUGUCAGGUACUUCUUGGACAGCAAAGAGGAAGGUGUAAGUUACUUCAGGAUUGAUGAAAACAGUGGAGUUAUAAGGACCACACAGACCCUGGACAGAGAGGAUAUAACUUGGCACAACAUCACUGUGAUGGCCUCGGAGGUUGACAACCCCAGCCUUCUCAGUCAUGUUCCUGUUACUGUUCAAGUGCUGGACGUGAAUGACAAUCCGCCAGAAAUAGCUACAGACGAGGAAGUCAUUGUGUGUGAGAGCUCAAGGCCCGGACAGGUGAUCCAGACUGUCACAGCAGUGGAUAAGGAUGACUUUGCCAAUGGACAGCGGUUUUCCUUUGCUUUGCCGAGCCAGCUACCAGUUAAUCCCAACUUCACUCUGAAAGACAAUGAAGAUAGCACAGCCAGCAUCAUUGCCAGGCGGAGGCGUUUCAACCACCUGACCCAAGAGCUAUACGAGCUGCCCAUUGUGGUGUGGGAUGGUGGGGAGCCAUCCCUGAGCGGCACUAGCACCUUGACCCUGCGGGUGUGCCCAUGCCAACGCCACGGGAGGAUCCGGAUGUGCCAAGGCGAGGCCUUCCUCUCCUCUGCAGGUCUCAGCACGGGGGCUCUGAUUGCCAUCCUGCUGUGCAUCGUCAUCCUGCUGGCCAUCGUUGUUCUCUUCAUCACCCUGAGGAGGAGCAAGAAAGAGCCCCUUAUCAUCUCCGAAGAAGACAUCAGAGAGAAUGUGGUCACCUACGACGAUGAGGGCGGAGGUGAGGAGGACACCGAGGCCUUUGACAUCAUUGCCCUUCGCAACCCAGCUGCCGCUGAAGAGCUCAAGUUCCGACGGGACAUCCGCCCGGAGGCGAGGCAACACAGCAUCCCGCCCCGCAGCUGCCGCAGCCCGUCGGUGGAGCUGGACGAAGUGGAUGUGCAUGAGUUCAUCAAGCAGAGAUUGGUGGAGGCCGACAUGGACACUAGUGUGCCACCCUACGACUCCCUCCAGACCUACGCUUAUGAGGGCCAGGGCUCACCCACAGGAUCCGUCAGCCCUUUAGACUCUCCUGGCACACAAUCAGAGCAGGAUUAUAACUACCUGGACAACUGGGGACCUGAGUUCCAGAAACUGGCAGAACUCUACGGAGAGGCAGAUUCAGAUGUGACGACCUAGUCUGUGAUUUCACUCCUGUUCAAACCAAAUCUGUUUGAAAUCCGUUUUUCAAAUUUUCAAUGAACAAUAUAAACAGAGAUGCUUUCAAACUGUUCUAGUGGUUUUCAACUUCUACUGUUGAACUGAAAAAGACUAUUUGUUCUAUUUUUUUUUUUCUUUUUCAUUUGUCGUUUUGGAUCAUGGGUCGUUCAUGUGGAAGUAUUAAAUCAGAUUUUGAGAUGGAAGAACAAUAUGGGGAUAAAGGAAAAUGAUAUUUUCCUUGGUGUAUAUUUUUUAUUGCUCAAUAAAGUCCUGAAAUCCAUAUGAGUGGAUAUGUGAAAGAAUUGUCUGUGUCUUCUUCCUUCAAGAGUGGAUUUAUAGUGCAUCCUGCAGUUAAGAUUAUCGUGGUGGGUGGCGUGUUUGUGAUUCACCAUGCAGGGGAUGAUGCUGAGCCAUCCAUAUGCACAAUCCUGACACCCCCAGUCAAGUAAGCG